CAAUCCAGAAGAGAAAGGAGUACGUGUCCUUCGGUGAUUGCAAAAACGGCAUCGCAUGCCGGCGUUUUUGGAGAUGAUGAAAACGAAAUCGUAGUUCUGGACAUCUAGCGCCAGUCUCGGUUGCUUAUCCUUUCACGAUCAAACCAUUCAAACAUUAACGUCAAACACUCCCCUAUAUAUAGUGUUGUCUUCAUGUCUAUCCACUAUAUAAUUGAUUCUCUGAAAUCCUAGAAUCUUGAAUCUCUCUAUCUCAAGUCUCACUAAAUUCAGCGGAAUUCGAGAAGAAUGGCUAAGGAAGCAACUAAUGGAAAUCACAACUCUGCAUCAAAACCCCCACCAACACCAUCUCCUUUGAGAUUCUCCAAGUUCUUUCAGUCCAAUAUGAGAAUUUUGGUCACUGGAGGAGCUGGAUUUAUUGGUUCUCACUUGGUGGACAAGUUGAUGGAAAACGAAAAGAAUGAGGUGAUUGUUGCAGAUAACUACUUCACUGGCUCAAAGGACAACCUAAAGAAAUGGAUUGGUCAUCCAAGAUUUGAACUCAUUCGUCAUGAUGUCACUGAGCCUUUGCUUAUUGAGGUUGACCAAAUAUACCAUCUUGCCUGCCCUGCUUCUCCAAUCUUCUACAAAUACAAUCCUGUAAAGACCAUAAAGACAAAUGUGAUUGGUACAUUGAACAUGUUGGGUCUUGCCAAGCGUGUUGGAGCAAGGUUUGAGAUACUACUGAGUCCCAGUCCCUUUGAUAAUAGCCUGUUUUAUGUUACUUAUGAUAUAAUAAUUGGUAACAGGAUUUUGCUUACCUCAACUUCAGAGGUGUAUGGAGAUCCACUUGUACAUCCUCAGGAUGAAAGCUAUUGGGGAAAUGUCAAUCCAAUUGGAGUCAGGAGUUGCUAUGACGAGGGAAAGAGAGUAGCUGAAACUUUGAUGUUUGAUUACCAUAGACAACAUGGGAUUGAGAUACGAAUUGCCAGAAUUUUCAACACAUAUGGACCCCGCAUGAACAUUGAUGAUGGGCGUGUUGUCAGCAAUUUCAUAGCCCAAGCUAUCCGUAAUGAGCCCUUGACUGUUCAAGCACCAGGAACCCAAACCCGGAGUUUCUGUUAUGUAUCAGACAUGGUUGAUGGUCUAAUUCGAUUGAUGGAAGGAGAGAACACUGGGCCUAUCAAUAUUGGCAAUCCAGGCGAAUUUACAAUGCUUGAACUUGCUGAGACUGUAAAGGAGCUGAUCAAUCCUGAUGUAAAGAUCACAAUGGUGGAAAACACACCAGAUGAUCCGCGUCAAAGGAAGCCAGACAUUACAAAAGCAAGGGAGCUGCUAGGAUGGGAACCUAAGAUCAAGCUGCGUGAUGGUCUUCCGCUCAUGGAGGAUGAUUUCCGACAGAGGCUUGGGGUCCCCAGGAAGAAUUGAUAUGUAUGCUACUAGCAAAUCUUCAACAUCUGUCUCUCCUAGAUCCCAAUACCUUACCAUAAUUUACAAUAACUGGAUUGUGAUCUCAUGAUUUAAAGCAGGCGAUUUUAUGUAAACUGUAGAACUUUAUCUCUAAUGGCGAUAUAUGGAUUGAUCAUCAGAGGAGAAUUACGUGUCA